AAAUCCGUUCCUGGUUUUGCGCCUCCGUCCAUCGCAGCUUAUACCUUCCCCUGACUCUAAGCACUUCAGCAUUGCUGUGCAAGCAGAUGUUCUUUCUCCGAUGCCAGUUCUCUCCCUUUUCGCAUUUGGAGAAGGUAUUCUUUCGCGCGAAGGCAGCAAAGUGAGAAGAAAGAAAGCAAAGAAACACCCUCCCCUCCUCGGCUCCGAGACGGAGGGAGAGUUGUGAACGGAUAGCUGCUUUUGGAGAAAUACAGUAGACUACAGUAAGACCCGCGGAGGCGAGAGCGAGGCAGCAGUUUAUUUACCACACCUGUGAUGCGUUGUUCUGAGCAACGAAGACGCACGACCGGGAUACUGAUGGCCACGCUAAGGCAGGAGGAUAUGUGCUGAGGAAAGGACUUGGGCGUGAGGGGAAAAAACAGAACAGGCGUGAAGUGCUACAGAGGACACUCUCCGGACCUUUAAAAAGCCCAGUGUGCCCGUGUUUCGUCUCUGCUCUCUGCCUUUUUGUAAAACUUAGGUGAUAGAAAAAAAAACCCCCACGAAGAUGCCCUUACUUCUGGGCCCCUUUGUCCGCUGUAGGCUCAGCGCCACGCUCCUUGCGCUCUGGCUCGUCCUCUCUGGCUUCACCUGCACUGGUGGUUCUGAGCACGCUGCCACGGCGACGCUUCCCGCCGCCUUCUCGGACCUGUUACCUCACUUCCUGGUAGAGCCGGAGGACGAGUACAUCGUAAAGAACAAGCCGGUGACUCUGACCUGCCGCUCCACCCCGGCCACGCAGAUCUACUUCAAGUGCAACGGCGAGUGGGUUCACCAAGAUGACCACUUGAUUGAACGGACUGUUGACCCAGCAACAGCGCUGCCAGUCAUGCAGGUGACAAUCGAAAUAACCAGGCAGCAGGUGGAGAAGAUCUUCGGACUGGAUGAGUACUGGUGUCAGUGUGUCGCCUGGAGCACCACCGGAACCCAGAAGAGCCAGAAAGCAUACAUCAGGAUUGCUUACCUGAGAAAGAACUUUGAGGAGGAGCCGCAGGGUAAAGAGGUGGCAUUGGACCAGGAGGUGUUGCUGCGCUGCCAUCCCCCCGAGGGAGUGCCACAAGCCGAGGUGGAGUGGCAGAGAAACGAGGAUGUGAUCGACCCAGCGAGUGACCCCAAUUUUGUCAUCACGCCCGACCAUAAUCUCGUCAUCAAAAAAGCCCGGCUGGCCGACACCGGCAACUACACGUGCGUGGCCAAAAACAUCGUCGCUCGCCGCAAAAGCACCUCUGCCGCGAUCCUUGUCUAUGUCAACGGUGGCUGGUCCACGUGGACCACCUGGUCGUCCUGCAGUGCAGUGUGUGGGCGUGGCUGGCAGAAGAGGAGUCGGAGCUGCACCAACCCCACGCCACUGAAUGGAGGCACAUCCUGUGAGGGGCAGAACGUCCAGAAAAGUGCCUGUGUGGCCACCUGUCCAGUGGACGGAGGCUGGAGCGAGUGGAGCAAGUGGUCAGCAUGUGGCGCAGACUGUUCGAUGUGGAGGAGCAGAGAGUGCACCCAGCCCUCACCUGGCACAGGGGGCAAAGACUGCCAGGGGCUUGAUCUCCAGUCUCUCAACUGUACCAGCGAGCAGUGUCCACAGACCGUGAGCGGAGCUGAGGAUGUGGCACUCUACGUGGGCAUGGUGGCCGUGGCCCUGUGUCUGACCCUGCUGCUUAUUGUGGUCGUCCUGGUCUACAGGCGCAAGAAGGAAGGCCUGGAUGCCGACGUGGCCGACUCCUCCAUCCUCACCACUGGCUUCCAGCCCAUGGGCAUCAAGCCCAGCAAGCCAGAGAACUCCCAUUUACUCACCAUCCAGCCUGAUCUAACCACCACCACCACCAGUUAUCAAGGCACCCUGCGCUCUCGCCACGAUGCCACCGGGAAGUUUUCGAUGACCAACGGGCCUCUGCUGGACCCGCUUCCCAACGGCUCACACACCUUGCACAACGGCAAGCUCAACUCUGACGCUGCUGCCGAGUUUGUAAGCAGGCUCUCCACCCAGAGCUACUUUAAAACGCUGCCCCGCGAUGUGGCCAACACCUCCUAUGGGACCUUCAACUUCCUAGGCGGCAGGCUGACUAUCCCCAACACAGGAAUCAGUCUGCUCAUUCCUCCCGAGGCCAUCCCCAGAGGAAAGAUCUAUGAGAUUUAUCUCACUGUUCAGAGGAAGGAAGAUUUAAGGUUACCCGUGGCUGGCUGCCAGACCCUUCUCAGCCCCAUUGUGAGUUGUGGCCCUCCGGGGGUGGUCCUGAGCCGACCAGUUAUCCUCAGCAUGGACCACUGCUUUGAUGCAUGCCUGGAUAACUGGGCCGUGCGCCUUAAGAAGCAGAAUUAUGAGGGCGCUUGGGAGGACGUCCUGUUGAUGGGAGAGGAGCUGGUGUCAGACCCUUAUUACUGCCAGCUCGAGGCCGAGACGUGCCGGCUCUUCUCGGAGCAGCUGGGUACAUUCGCCCUGGUGGGCGAGUCCCUGCACAUGGGCGCCGCCAAGCGCCUGAGGUUGGUGCUCUUCUCGGACGCUUACUGCUCCACGCUGGAAUACAACAUCAGGGUAUACUGCAUGGACGACACGCAGGACGUCUUCAAGGAGGUGAUGCAGAUGGAGCGGCAGCUCGGGGGUCGGCUGAUUGACGAGCCUCACGUCCUGCUUUUCAAAGACAGUUACCACAACCUGCGCCUGUCCAUCCAUGACAUGCCCCAGGCGCACUGGAGGAGCAAGCUGCUAGCCGGCUACCAGGAGAUCCCGUUCUACCACAUCUGGAACGGUUCCCAGCGGUACCUGCACUGCACGUUCACUCUGGAGCGGCUCAGCCUCAGCACCUGCGAGCUCACCUGCCAGCUGUGUGUGUGGCAGGUGGAGGGGGAGGGACAGAGCUUUAGCCUGGACUUUAACAUUGCCAAGGACACUCGAGCGUUGGACUCUGAGUUUCUGUUAAUGGACAGUAACGCCACAGCUCUGGCGGGACCCAGCGCCUUUCAGAUCCCGUACCUCAUCAGGCAGAAGAUCUGCAGCAGCCUGGACGCCCCCUGUCCCAACGGAGCCGACUGGAGAAUGCUAGCACAAAGACUUAAACUCGAGAGACACAUGAGUUUCUUUGCAUCCAAAGCAAGCCCAACCUCUGUGAUCCUGGACCUAUGGGAGGCGCAACAUUUCCACAGCGGCAACAUCAACCAGCUGGCCACGGUCAUGGCCGACAUCGGCAAACAGGAAGCCAUGAUAUUCCUGGUCUCCGAUGGCGAGUGCUAACCUAGAAAAGAGGGACAGACUGGUGCCGAGGAAAAGUACACAACGUGAUACACUAAUACGCAUUCUUACACACAUAAAAAACAAUAACUGCAGCGGGAAUCGAAGAACAGAGCUGUCCCAGCGUUCCUUUUCUUCACUUUAGAAGAUAAGAAAGUGUUUAUGUAGGAUUGAGUCCCUAUUUCCCAUCAAACACAGUAAAAAUCUUUAAAUGACAGACCAAAUGAGGAACAAGGGGGUAGAGUUUGGGUGUGUGUGUGUUUGGGGAAAACGUAUUCACAGACUCAGUAGAGAAAGUACCUUUUAUUUCCCAUCAAAGACCCAAGUUAAAUUAGUCCAUACCCUAGUUCUGCUGCAAAGGUAACAUCAAAUUAACUCUUCUAAACAGGCCGCGUACGGCUUAACAAGGAGCAAUAUGCAAAUGUAACGCUAUUAGUAAUGGCCAAUAUUGCAAAUUCAGUCGUUAAUUUUUGAACUUGGAUUCAAAAACCGUGUGUUUUUAAACAGUCAGUUAAAAGGAAAGUGGCAAAAAAGGGUGCAGGUCAUUUCAGGUUAAAGAGAACCAGCAACAUAUGCAAUUGGCAGGUUCGUCACAUGACAUCAACUCAGAAGAUUAGCCCACUUUUUUUUUCUUUACCUUUUUUAUUUUAUUUUAAAGCAACCUAGCGAGACUGUGUGCGUGUGUGAGUCACAUAAUCUGUUUAACACACAGACGGCUUGUAGCAGAUUCUGGACUUGCUGGUUUAAAAACAGAUUGUGUGUCUGAGCCCCCCAAAAACCCAUCUCAUGUAGUUUGUGUGUGCGUUUGUGUGUGUUGUAGUCCAGCCGGUAUCACUAUUGUGAAUCUAACAUCUUGAUCCAGUGAGACGCUUUGGAGCUUUUCCUCCUUUUAAAUCGAUAUAUGUGAGGUUUGAGUUCUCUGGAUCCCUUUUUUUUUUUUUUUUUUUAUUCUUUUUUUUUUUUUUUUUUUUUUUUUUGAAGUGAUUAAUAUCUUGACUUAAAGUCAUAUUUUAAAGGAAAUUUCUAUUUAAAGCCUUCUGAUUUUGAUCCAUAAGGUUUCCACAUUUUAUAUUACCCCAAUCGUUCAUCGUGGCGUUUCUCUGUUUUAAAUUCCACAGCUUAAUGAAGAGGCCAUAGGGCCGAGAGGCACGCCGACUGCACGUGUCUGCUGAAUGUCGUCAAAGCUCAUUUCUAAAAUGACAUUUUCCUCUUGAUUACAUUGAUUUUUGUAGUCUAAAAACAUGGCCCGAAGGGUUAUUAUUCCAUAUGAAUUAUGUAGAGCACUUUCCCUCAGAAAAAUCUGACAACAAAUUCUUCAAAAUCAUCACAAGAUUACUCAUGUUGAAAGGGUAAUUGUGCAGCUUUGUUUGUAUUAUUCAUAAAGCAAUGUUGGUGGGAAUUCUGCAUUUGCUGUGUGGCAAACAGUAUUUCCACAUCAGAGAGAAGCCCAUCUCUCAGAUAAUAUAAAGAGCAGCUUUUUCAUAAUGUCACCCCCUCUGCUCACAAAUAGAUGCUUUGAAAGAAAUUUUUUUGGCUAUCUGUAUCCAGACAGCAACAAUUAUCCAAUAGAUUCAUGCAAAAAUCCAUAAAGUGCAGCGGCGCAUUUGCAUUCUGUCGUAUUUCACUAACAGUAUUUUUCUUUUUCUCGUAACGAAUCUGUCAAACAAACACAAAAAAUUCUCGUUUAGCAAUUUUCCUUCGGUGAGGUGUGAGCAGUCCCCAAACUAGCCAUAGGUUCUCUCUAUGUCUGCCUCAGGGUUGCAUGUGAAGUUGUCUGUUCAAAGCUAUAAUGAAAACCCCGCCCCUUUUCAUUCAAACAGCGAGGACGGCCCAAUCCUGCGGGCUCGAAUGGUUUUUAACCUUUAAGAUGAAAUGAUUGUCAGAUUUUUUGGAAUGUACAUUAGUUUCCUUGUAGCAGGCAGAAAGUUUGACUUUCUUUUUAUACCGUCGCCCAUCGCCUUGCUCGUUUAACCCAUCUCGUUAAACCACAUCUCCCCUCAGAGUCCCGUUACCAGUUUAUAUAAAGAUGCCGUGAAAAUGAUCAGAAACUCAAAAUCUUUUCACGUU